GUCGUUUUUCAAAUUGGAGUCGUCAGUUUGUUCCCACAUCUGACCAUGAACGGUCCAUGCUGAGCUCCAAGAAAGCGCGCCAAAAUGUGUAGAGUCAGUGCGUGAAAUGCGAGCUUAAGUUCCGAAAAAUGAACAAUGAUAGUUUAGAGAACACCAUCCACGUGACGGCGCCCAGUAUCCUCAACAAACCCUCGCAGACGAUGCCCCAGAGGUCGCCCUUCGCCAUCCAGGAGUUGCUGGGCCUCAGCGACUCCCAGCACCGGUCGCCCACGGCGGCCGUCUCCGCCAUCACCCCCAAUGUCUACCCGCAAAGACACUUGCAAGCGCCGACGUGCUUUCCGUCGGAACACGGCUUCAACCACCACCAUAUGACGAUGGCGGCGAGCAGAAUGGCCUAUUUUAACGCACAGGCGGCGGUCGCCGCCGCUUUUCUGCCGCAUAAUAUCGCCGCCGCCGCCGGAAUGAACGCCAAUGCUGGAGGAGCGUCGCCGGCGGCGGUGCUGGGGCUCACCGGACACCAAGCGGGAGCCGCUGCCCCAGGUUUCGCCCAACUAAAAAAUUCCUUUAGUUCCUCUGGUCCUGGUUCGUGCUUAUCAGGACAACUAGACAAUUCCAAAGACUUCUCAGUGACUGACGGUUUAGGAAGCUUUAAUAAAAAGAAGAAAAAGAAGAGGCGUCAUAGCAGGACGAUUUUCACGAGCUACCAACUGGAAGAACUGGAGAAGGCCUUCAAAGAUGCACACUAUCCGGACGUUUACGCCAGGGAAAUGCUUAGCCUGAAAACGGAUUUACCAGAAGAUCGGAUACAGGUGUGGUUUCAGAACAGGAGGGCGAAAUGGAGAAAAACUGAAAAAUGUUGGGGGAGGAGCACCAUCAUGGCCGAAUAUGGCCUAUAUGGGGCUAUGGUUCGGCAUUCGCUACCUUUACCUGAAACAAUUCUAAAAAGCGCCAAAGAAAAUGAAUGUGUCGCGCCCUGGCUGUUAGAGUUGAGAAGAAAGAGAGACAUUCUAGAUUCAGGAAUGCACCGAAAAUCCUUGGAAGCCGCCCAGCACCUGAAAGACCAAGACUGCACCAACAGCGACCAUGAAGAAACGACUUCCAUGCGAACGGAAGCAAGUGAUACCAGCGCCACCUCAAGCCAACAAACUCAACAACAGCAGCAGCCACCUCCCGGUCACACCGUUUCCGGUGGAGACGACGAUCAACAGCAACAACACGUCGCUUUAGCAACAACACAACCACCACCCUAUCAAGACGAUCCGGAAGCCUUCAGAAACAACUCCAUUGCCUGUUUGCGGGCUAAAGCUCAGGAGCACAGCGCCAAAUUGCUCAAUCAUAAUCUUAUGAUGCAGGUGAGGUCUAGUGACGCCAACGCCAAUAAUUUACAUCACCAGGAGGUGGUCAAUGCAGAGACUAGUCCUAGUAUUUUUUGACAGAGGAGUGAGGAUACGCAAUUGAGAGACUAGUUGACGUGGCUGAGGGGAAAUUGAAACGAGCGAUUUUUCAUCAAACGAAUUUUUAUUGCGUGUAAACGAAGUUACACUUACUCAUGCAUCGAUGGUUGUGAAUUAAUGACUUAUUUUUAAGACGAUUAUUUAUUUUUAAUGGCUUGUGAGAGGAUGGCUAGCGGAGAAGGGCAGAGAAGCAUUUUAUUACAAUCAGUGUUAUUAUUCGUAAUGACAAUAAUCACUCAAUUCGGGCCAAAAAAUUAUUAAUAAAAAAUAAAAUUUGAACUAAACUUAUUUCUCUCAGUAUCACUAAUAAAUUAAUUACACUUUUCGAUAUUUCCAAAAAAAUAUAUCGAAACGAUUUGUAAAAGCGUCAUUAACUUAAUACGCUAAAUGCGUGAUUAACUGAUCACGAGACCAAAUUAAAGCAAUUUGGUUGGUCCAUUCACGUUUUAACUUCUAACAACGAAUUAAAUUUUAACAGAGCUUUCUAUAAACCGGUCCUAUGUUUAUUGCAUAUUACAUUGGCAAAGAAUUUAAAAAUUUCCCUUUUUGAAUUAUCUUAGAUAUUAUUUUCUAUCGUUUCUUUAUUUUUUUUUUCAGGUACACAGAGAAAAAUGGCGCCAAACUAACAAAUAAUAAUAACUUGUAAAAAGAAAGAAUGUUAAAACAAACUUCAACAAUUAAGACAAAAGAAAAAAAAUUAGCUAGAUUUGACCAUUUUUUUUCUCAAUAGAAAAGUAUACAGUAACGUUAGAAUGGACACAAAAAAAUUGAAAGAAAUAUAAUUUUUUGCGUCCUACUUUUUAAUAUUUCGUUUUUGUUAAAAAAAGGCACUAUAACGCUAGGAAAAGAAACAAAUAUCAUGAUUUUUGAUCGAAUUUAUUUCGUUUUAACAACAUUUCUGAAAAAAAUUAGUUUCUAUUACUUACUAUUAUUAAAACUAACUGAAUUUUCGCUCCAGUUUUGCAGUUUUUCGGUUUAAUGAAAUUUCUGGAAAAACUUCACAAAAAACAUGUUAAAACCUAGGUAAAACGUCCGGAAAUAGCCAAAAAAUGUUACUUUCAGUUCAGUUUUCAGUUUUUUCAGCUUCGUUUAAAAAUAUUUUAUAAAAAAAAUUAAUUUCCACCUCAAAACACAAAAAUUACGAACUUUGACAUCGUAGCUAAAAAGCUUGGUAAUUGUUUCAGUUAUUUUUGACGAAUUUUUGUGAAAUAAUCUCUUGCGUUACUGGUCGUAUUCAGAAAAAAAUAGUUUUGCCCAAAAACGUACGUAAACUCCUGAAACUUAGAGCAAUUUUUGUAUUUUUAGUGAUUUUUUUCAGCUUAUUUUUGACGAAAUUGCUCGAAAUAAAAUCAGCACUCGGUGUUUUUUUGACCCAUUGUAGUAACUUUUCUGUUCGCUGAAAUAAAAUUUUGCAAAAGAACUGAAUUUUUCUUAAGGUGAAAAAACUAGAAAACCAUACCCUGUUUGUUUUAAUUAUAAAAAAUAGUGUCUUAGUUUUCUCUUUUGUGGCAAUAAAGGCGCCUCAUUUUUAUCUAUCACAGGGUCCUACCAUUAAUUAAGAGAAAGUUAAUAGUACUUUGAAAUUUUACCUGAAAACCCCGAGCAAAAAAGCUGAAAAAGUUUUUUCUAAAAAUCUUUGGCUAAAUUAAUUAAUUGUCGCAUUUAUUUUUCGAAAACAUUUUAUUCUGUUAAAUUACCAUUGUAGCAUACAAAACAUUUCAAAAUCAGACUGACACAAAACUUUAAUUAAACAAAAAGGACACCAGCGGAAAUGCUCUAAUUAGUCACCAGAAUCGACUUUUGCUAUUAACGCCUAAAAUGCUUUUACAUGGGAUUGAAUAAAUUAAAACUAAAUAAAAUACUUCUUUUAUUAAUUUCUGCAGAUGUGCUCCUCUAUUGUGAUGUAAAUUCAGUCUGGAGGGUGCAUACAGCACGAGCUUCAUCGCUUGAAAUUGAAACUCAUAAAUUCAUGUGGGUUUGAGAAAUUGAACAUUCAAUAUUUUUUUACAAUGUGUAAAAGUGAUUAUGAAUCAUGUCUAGUUAUUCACGCAUGAAUCAAACAGUUCACAGGACUCUGUAACGCUGUUAUCUGAGUACAUUUCCUUAUCAUAACUGAAAAAUAAAAUGCUUCUCUCUUAUUUCCGGCACAGAAUUAUUCGAUAAAUAAUUUUUCCCUUGAUGUGUGUUAUUUUCCGUGCAUAAACCUGGGCUGUGCUGUCUUGAGCGUUGCAUUUAUUGCGCUAAAGGAGCAGAAACCCCUUCAGGUAGAGAAAGGUCUAAAAAUAGGGUAUCCUACCAUUUCGAAGUUGCAGGCAUCUGGACGUUCAUGUAUUGAGACUAAUAGUCGCUGACGCUACAGUUCGUCCAAGAUAAUUCCCAUUAUCUGCAUUCUAUUAUCUUAUCACGGCGGCUUUAUGUACUUACACCAUAAUUAAAAUGUGAAAUUUUCGAUUUGUUUUAGGCCAUGUCUGUUAAAGAAUGCCAUUUAAAUGAACUGAAAGCGAUUAUUAAUCUGACCUGAAUAGCUAACAAAAUGUGAACAUGCUCGAGCUUAGCUGUUUGCUCGCUAGAUGUUUGCAUAAUUCCACCAAAUCUAUAAGAUUCGGGCGACUUGUUGUUUUUCGAAUUCGAAAAUAGAAAGCGGUCUUUUAACAGGUGUCUAGUGCAACAACAAACUUAGCCAAACCCUUGCAACUCAGUCCUAAAUUUAGCGGCAACGAUUUUUUCAAUGGAAAAGUGUGAGGAAGCGUUAAUUGUUGCCAUUAACGACCAGUCCAGCCUUGAAAAUGCGACGAAAACAAAUUUCAGAUGCAUUGUAUCAACGACAUGCGGUUCUAAAUGAUUUUUCUAAUGUACAAAUCUGUAAAGGCAUCGAAAUGAGUCAUCGUGUGUUCGUUCCCCUUAUACGUUUGCUACGAAGUCGACUCACUGUAUAUAAACUUGUGACAAAUGAUUUGUUUCGUAGUGCAAUAUUUACAAGAAACUGUAUCAGGUGAUGGUAGAAACAAAUUGUCGAAAACCGUCGACAAAUUGUUCCUACUCGCAACUCUGUUUGUACAUAUUUUAGAUUUUAGGCAUUUCUGAAAUGACUUUAUAUGAUUUUUGUAUAAUGUGUACAUUGCGAUAAACUAUGCCAAAUGGAAAUAGUUUUCUAUAAAUAUCCGAUGGUUAUAUAAUAGUGUACAUGGAGACAAACCUAAUCUAACGAACAAGGAUGGUCAUUGUUCCAAAUUUUUUAAUGUACUUAAUUAUAUUACCGAAUCAUCGUACUUACUGUAUUGAAGAAAAGUGCAAGGUGUUAUAAAUAUAGCGUUAGAUGAGCUAGGGCUCAUGUAGAUAAUUACCGACUAUGUAUAGUAAAAUGCAAUGUUUUUAAAUAUUGUAAGUAAAAUUAUGUGUAAUACUAAAGUAUAUAUAAACUCAAUAAAAAAUUAAACCUC